AUGCAAUGCGCAAGCGUCCAAAGACUGUUCAAGACACUCGGCGUGAAUCCAGAAUUUAUGCUCAAUAUGCUUGGGCGGCCUGACUACUGGUCCCCUCGAACACGCUGGAAGUGCAACAUAAAAAAUGAACUUAUAUUCUGUGACCACUUCUGCCAACAUCCCCGAUGGAAUAUCCAACUUCAAGGCGCCCCACUUUCAGUAUACAUGAUACGACAAGUGAAAACAAAACUCACUGCAUAUAUUAUCUCCCACAAAGAGGGGGAUAGCAGUGUUCACGCAUUACAACAAAUCUUGAGGGCCGGAGUUGACAAGUUCGGGAUGAAGAGUAAUUCGCAAAGGUAUCUCACGAACCCUUUUGAUAUUGCUGUCUUAUUGUCUUCAUUGUCAUUCGAAGCAUCCAAAUUUCAUGUAGCGCGGUUUCGACGGUACAUGUGGCAGCAGGUCAACAAGGUCGACGACCACCUUGCAGGACUAGAAACUAGCGACCGAGGUCGCUUGACCGAACUCACAAAGUCGCUCCAGAUUAUAUCUCAGCAAGCGGACUCCCAUUUACUCAAUGCAGACGUCGCUAUCAUCACCGCGACGGGGAUCCGUGACACGCAAGCUAAAUUGCACGAUUAUCUCUCAACCCCGACAUUGUUUCGGCAGCCCGCUGAGGACGCAAUCACGUAUGUGAUUGACUCCAUGGAGAAACAGAAAAUGUUGUUCUUGAACUACAAGAGUAGGAAAGACAGCACCAUGAGCUUGGUUUACAACCUUGUCACCCAAAGUGACGCAGCCAACAACAUUCAAUUGGCCCAAAGCAUGAAACGCGACAGUACCAGCAUGAGUUCAAUUGCGGCCCUGACGAUGCUCUUCCUUCCCGGCACCUUCACUUCCAGCAUCCUCAGCGCUGGCAUCUUCUCCGCUAGAGCAAACUCCAAUGGAAUUUCUACCUCGAGCUUGUGGUGGCUUUGGAUCGCACUCACCUUCCCGCUAACACUUAUUGUGAUGGCUGCUUGGUGGACAUACAAGUGCAGGUCUGAGCGUGGGAGGUACGAGGCCUCCAGGCCCGAUGCACAACUAGUGGGCGAGGGACUUUGGUCAACGCCGUUUGCUUUUGGUAAGCUGUCUCGUUUCAGUAAGAAGAAAAAGGUUGUCUUACCUGUGUAA